CUGACGUUGUCAUACUCAAUUCUAGUCAGAAUUUGAGUCUGAUGUCGCUCCAUUGAGCUAAAAUUAUGAGGCGUGUCUCAACCGAAAAAUGCCUCUGCACUCAAUUGGAUAGACAUACGAAUAAUCAGAGCAACAGAGUGUGUGACGUAGUUUAAGCGACGCUUAGUUGUUGUCAACAAACCUCAACUGCACUCACGCUGGAAGAAGUAGAAGAAGAAGAUGAGUGUAAACGAUCUUUGCCGGUGUUGUAAAAAGAAUUUAAGGAUACACGGAGUAAUUUCCCAAUCGAUCCUCAUUUUUGAGAGAAACCGUAAAGGGGAAUGCAUAUACGAACAAGUUCUCCGUUUAGGAUUACAACUCCACAAAACAGCACAAAAAUCGCUUCGCAUUUGUCGGUCCUGUCAUAACUUAAUAACACGGUUGGAACGCGACGUGCCCGUUUUAAAUAAAUGGAAAGACGACGAAGGAGACCAGGCUGAAGAAGCGAGUUCAUCUCAGGCAUCAAAGAAAAGAGACCUGGAGCCUACUCCCUCCAAGACGCCCAGGGCUCUGAAGAAGUUCUACUCCACUCCGUCAACUUCAACCAGUACAAAACCGCGAAGAAGCAUUACAGAGGUUGUCACCCAUUACCAAUCACAGACUGUUGCCAAAGUAUGUCAUCCAGAAGAUGCCUCAAUAGUGAACAGCAUCAAUAACAAAAAAUGGACAACAGCUGCAAAGUUAAUUUUGAAGCAUAAACACCUAGUUGAGGAAAUAAAGGUGCACAUUCUGAAGCUAAUAAGCAACGAGUGCAAACAGAUCUGUGAUCCAACCAACGGUUUCGUCCUGUGGAAGUCAUCUCCGAUGAUCUGAAAGCGUUUUCAUUUCUCCAGCUUAGAGGCAGACCUAAAGUGUUUUUCACCAUUCUUUUUCUCAAUCCUCUCAACUGCUACUAACCACUCUCAAACUGCAACUUGUGCAGCAGCUUCCAUUGCUUUGAGAGGAAGAGAAGCACGCCUGUCAGCCUUUGCAUACUACCUAAAUAGUAUUCUACAUUAUGGUGGGGCGAAAAAAGCAGUGUUUGAAAGGCUGAGCAAAAUGGCCAUAACAACAACUCACAAACAUUCUAUAGAAAAGCAGAAGGAGUUAGCACUCCUAUGUGGGGGGUCUCUAAAAAUGUUAAAGGUCCAGACAGAAGUUUUCCUGAACUCUAAAGCAGAAGGGAACAUUGAUGUUGGUCAGAGAGUGGUCACCACCGAAGACCAGAGCACGAGUGAUCCUAAGGGGCCACUUAAUACAGUCCAUAAAAGCAUGGAAGAGCUUCCCUUGUCAGCAGAUGAAAUGCCUCCAAGCAUAGAUGAGUCAGAAAUAGCUACGCUGCCCCUCAGCAGAUUAAGUGACUCUGAAGCAGCAGAGAUGGGAUUGAACUCCCCGGCUUCUCCGAUCACACACCACACUCCUCCACCAACAUAUUCUAUAAUCUUUGACAAUUUGGACUUUUUCAUGCGUGCACAUCAUCAGUCUAGCCACCACAGCAACAAAUCCAUACACUGGAUUCAUCACAUUGCAGUCCAAGACAGAGUCACAACAUUUCACCUUUGCAAUGACAGACCGGACUAUGACAUCCUUCAAUACGACUUUUGCAACUCACUCCCGGGACCAGAAAUCCAGGACCAUAUGCGACGUGAGUUCAUUGUACUUGGAAGCCGUAUCCUUACCCAGUACCUGGCUGUUUUUAAACCCUUUAAGAAAUUAGUGGUUCACCACAUGCCACAUCAAUAUACGGAGGACAUGGCUAAGUGCUCCACUGAUUACCCACUGGGACUGCUCUUCAAAGAUGAGAACAAAACGUCUGAUUUGGUGGACACACUUCGCCACCUUCAGAAAGAGUAUGUGCCAAAGGGACCAGACGGGUUGUCAAAUGUAUUAGUAAGAGGUGACCGGCUAACUGAGGGGAACUGCAGAAACAUUCCUUCUCAGAUGGUGCUACAAAGGAAGACAGACUAG